AUGCGAAAUAUUCAUCGACCAGUUCGAGAGGCAAACUACUCAUCAAGUGGCAAAGAAAGUUACAGGAUUGCAAAUAGGAUAAAAUACAAGAUGACUAUCAAUGUUAAUGCAGAAAGUAAACUCCUCUCCUCCACACCUAUUCUGGAUCUACCAAUACAAAAAGCUUCCAAUUGUACCAAUUGGGAUCUUUUUUAUCCAUCAAUCCGGAAUGUUUCCAAGAAGAAGGGUAUUAUCGGAAUACAUGAAGAAAUAGCCUAUAGUUUUUCGUUUGGAUAA